CAUUUUGGUCAGCUGCAGCCUACGGGCUUACACAGAUCUACUUUGCAGUCUGAAUGGGGAGUCUACGGAGGGUAGUCGUCCUGCGUUUGCAUCUGAAGCAGAUUUUUUAGUAGACUUCAGACGGAGCCUACGACGGCGGAUGACUAUGAACUUGGCCAAACUUCCUUGAUAAUCACACGUAUACCAACGCGUAGGAAGCCAUAUUACAUAUUUUUUUAUUCAAAAUCCUUAGUCCAAAAUGACGAAUGUUCUUUGGUUUUCACCUACGGCUUUAAUUUAGGCGAGGAUGAAGAAUGCAUUUAGAAUCGAAUAGAUCGAACUACGUUUCGCCGCGGAGUGUUACUGAUUUUAAUAGUGUGCGACAGUGUAGUGGUGCAGUGUGCGGUAAUCACUGAGCAAGAGCUAGUCUGUGCGCUAAAAUUGGUAGCUACAAAUGAACUUUGUUUGUGCAGCAUAUGUGUGCAUUUAACAAAGUUGUUGUUCAAUCGCCCACUUAAUUUUGUCCUUUGGAUAGUUUUACAUCUGUAUCUUGCGAAACCAAGGACCACAGUACUGGAAGGACUUUACUGACCUCAAGAUGUCAAUUCUGCCUUUUACUCCCCCAAUUGUGAAAAGGCUUUUGGGUUGGAAAAAAGGCGAACAGAACGGACAAGAGGAGAAAUGGUGUGAAAAAGCUGUGAAAAGCCUGGUGAAGAAGUUGAAGAAAACAGGGCAACUGGAUGAAUUGGAAAAAGCCAUCACGACACAGAAUAUCAACACGAAAUGUAUUACUAUACCAAGGUCCCUGGAUGGACGGUUACAGGUGUCCCACAGGAAGGGCCUCCCCCACGUCAUCUACUGCCGCCUGUGGCGCUGGCCCGACCUGCAGUCCCACCACGAGCUGCGGGCCGUGGAGCUCUGUGAGUACGCCUUCCACACCAAGAAGGAUGAGGUGUGUGUCAACCCCUACCACUACCAGAGGGUGGAGACGCCAGUGCUGCCUCCUGUGCUGGUUCCCAGACACACAGAGAUCCCCAGUGAGUUUCCUCCUCUGGACGACUACAGCCACUCCAUCCCAGAGAACACCAACUUCCCCGCCGGCAUCGAGCCACAGAGCAACUACAUACCAGUGAGUUUGGGUGACGGCCACCUAGACCCCUCUCCUUCCUUCUCUGUGAGUUUGGGUGACGGCCACCUAGACCCCUUCCUUCAGACAGACUCUAGCAGAGAGACUCCUCCACCGGGCUAUCUCAGUGAAGAUGGGGAGACCAGUGAUCACCUGAUGAACCACAGCAUGGACACCAGUUCACCUAACCUGUCACCAAACCCAGUGUCUCCAACACACAGCAAUUUAGACCUACAGCCUGUGAUGUACUGUGAACCAGCCUUCUGGUGUUCUAUCUCCUACUACGAGCUGAACCAGCGGGUGGGCGAGACCUUCCACGCCUCCCAGCCGUCCCUCACCGUGGACGGCUUCACCGACCCCUCCAACUCAGAGCGCUUCUGCCUGGGCCUCCUCUCCAACGUUAACCGUAACGCCGCUGUGGAGCUGACACGCAGACACAUCGGCAGAGGGGUGCGUUUGUACUAUAUUGGAGGAGAGGUGUUUGCAGAGUGCCUCAGCGACAGUGCCAUCUUCGUCCAGAGUCCCAACUGUAACCAGCGUUAUGGCUGGCACCCCGCCACGGUCUGCAAGAUCCCCCCAGGCUGCAACCUGAAGAUCUUUAACAACCAGGAGUUUGCUGCCCUGCUGGCCCAGUCGGUGAACCAGGGCUUCGAGGCCGUCUACCAGCUCACCAGGAUGUGCACCAUCCGCAUGAGCUUCGUCAAGGGCUGGGGAGCAGAGUACAGGCGACAGACCGUGACCAGCACCCCUUGUUGGAUCGAGCUGCACCUCAACGGCCCCCUGCAGUGGCUGGACAAGGUGCUCAUGCAAAUGGGUUCCCCUAGCAUCCGCUGCUCCAGCGUGUCGUAGGAAUACUCUUCCCACCCUCUCUGUCACAGCACCAGUGAAUAAAACAGACUAGAGACCAUAGACACAUCAACUAACCCUCGUCUGAGACAUGCUCUCCCCAACCCUCGUCUGAGACAUGCUCUCCCCAACCCUCGUCUGCGACACGCUCUCCCCAACCCUCGUCUGCGACACGCUCUCCCCAACCCUCGUCUGCGACACGCUCUCCCCAACCCUCGUCUGCGACACGCUCUCCCCAACCCUCGUCUGCGACACGCUCUCCCCAACCCUCGUCUGCGACACGCUCUCCCCAACCCUCGUCUGCGACACGCUCUCCCCAACCCUCGUCUGCGACACGCUCUCCCCAACCCUCGUCUGCGACACGCUCUCCCCAACCCUCGUCUGCGACACGCUCUCCCCAACCCUCGUCUGCGACACGCUCUCCCCAACCCUCGUCUGCGACACGCUCUCCCCAACCCUCGUCUGCGACACGCUCUCCCCAACCCUCGUCUGCGACACGCUCUCCCCAACCCUCGUCUGCAACACACCAACUGACAGCACUUUUUUAAACGUUUUUUAAAAACAUGUUUGUGGCAAAAGGGGGCGUGUGCAUUAAAACAGGACGGCGUUGUUAUCGCCUCUAUGUCAUAGCCGUUUUUUUUAUUGAACAUGUUUAUAUGUCGGCAUCUAGUGCCAACACCGCUGUAGUAUGGGACAUUUUAAGGCAUGAGAUUCCUCCAUUUUUUUUUCUGUUUUUGUUAUCAUUGUGUAGUUAGUUGUACAUAUGUUUAUGUAGCGGUGGAAGAUAAUUACUAGAUUGGGUAUUUUCGGAAUGAUGAGUGAUACUGCUUUUUAUAUAGCAUGCUAGAAGAACAUGAAGUUUUACACAUUUCAGUGGAGUUUGUUUCUAUGGUUAGGUGUUUUUUUUUUCGUUGUCUUUUUGUUGCAAAUUUGUUAGCUGAUUGAAAAUAUAUGAAUUUGUCGUCAUGAAAUAUGUUCCUCCCUUGCCACUUCUGAGUAGUGUGUAAAAGGAAAUCUAGUAAGAAGCUUUUAGGUGAGGUCAAUGUUCUCCUGUCUGUCCAUUUUUCUGGGCGGGUUUCCCAUAAUCUUUAGUUUGUCCCGGAACAGUGCAGAUCGUGUUUGUGAUCCGUCUUUUUGGAAGCGCGCCAAAUCUCUUUCCCGCACAGAGACCAUUGGGUUGUGGAUUUGAACUGUCACCCAGAUAUCCUCUGACUGUCUGAGGAGUUUGACAUAGUAGUGUAUUUCUCAAUACAUCUGAAACUGUGGUUUGAUUAUCCAUAGCAUUUGACAAAAUUAGAACUUUACAAAAAUUGUUUUUUGUAUUUUACCCCCUUUUUCUUCGCAAUUUCGUGAUAUCCAAUUGCGAUCUUGUGUCAUCGCUGCAACUCCCCAACGGGCUCGGGAGAGGCGUAGGUCGAGCCGUACAUCCUCGGAAACAUGACACGCCAAGCCACACUUCUUAACACCCGCCCACUUAACCCGGAAGCCGACUGCACCAAUGUGUCGGAGAAAACACUGUUCAACUGACGACCGAAGUCAGCCUGCAGGCGCCCGGCCCGCCACUAGGAGUUGCUAGAGCGCGAUGAGGCAAAUAAAGCCCCACCGGCCAAACACUCCCCUAACCCGGAUAACGCUGGGCCAAUUGUGCACUGCCCUAUGAGACUCCCGGUCACAGUCGUUUGUGACACUGCCUGGGAUCGAACCCGGGUCUGCAGUGACGUCUCAAACCUUAGACCGCUGAGCGACUCGGGAGGCCUUGACACAAACUUUUGUCAUGGCAAUGGUCGUGUUGAGCGACGUUGCCCCUGCAUUUUACAAGAAAUCUCAGUCUGGGAAUAGUUGAUCCAAUCAGUUAUAUAGGCAAACAUACUUCAAGGGGCAAUUCUUAGUGUCCAUUUUGGAGAAGUGACUGACUGCUUAUGGGCAUUGCAGAGUGUUGCCAGUCAACUGUUGUUCUCAGAACCUAGGAUGAAGCUCAGUAUACUGGACUGUAGAUACAGGAGUGUUCCUUCCUCAUCUCUAUUUUACUACAGAAGUGUAAUGUUCUGUAUUUUGUAAUGAAACGCCAUGCAAGACUGUAUGGUGCUUAUGUGAAAACCCUGAGAUGCACUAUCACUUGUUAAAAGCUAGCUAGUCUGAUCACACACACACACACACACACACACACCAGUUGCCAUGCCCCCGUCCUUGGCUGAUACUCGUCUCAAUCUGCACAUUUUCUAGGACUCCAUGGUUUCCCCUGGAAGUGAUAACUGUGGGUAAGAGUUGAACCUGUACUAAGGUCUGUAGUAUUAGUGUUUCAUCACCGUUUCGUUGAUGUAGUACUCACUCAGAUCCAGCAGGCGGUGCUACUCUCACCCCCAAAAAACACAUGUGUAUAUACAUCUAGAAAAAGUCAAAUGCAUGCUUAUUUUCACACUCGUCCCCUUUCUUUUGUAAUGUAGAUUCUAUUUUGCUACCAAGUAUUUUUGUAGAAAGGGGAUGGUAGAGCAUUAUAUGCUCUGCUCCUGAUGUCGUCACGGCGAUGGAGACAUACUGCUGUCAGGUGGAGAGGACAAUGUUUUGGCGAAAGCAGAUUUUGUUUUGUUUAUUUUUUUUUUAAGGGAAAUGUUAGCCCGACCCUGGCAAUGUACAUAGUAGGACCAAGUCCCCUUUCUGUCAGUCAGUACUUUCUUGAAUACUCUACUCCUCUUAUGAAAUGCAGGAUUUAAAGCCUUCUUACUGUGUGCGUGGAAGUGUAUGAGUGUGUGUGUCUAUGAAUAUGACCAUUGUGGUCCUGAUGGUUUUGGGCUAGAGGAGGACAGAAGGGAAGUAGGGGGGAGAUCAGAUCUCCCUGUAAUGACCGACAGCACCGCUUAUUAUUACAAUCCCCACACUGAAGACUGCACUGUCCGGAAUGGCACCCUAUUCCCUACAUAGUGCACUACUACCCAUAGGGCGCUGGUCAAAAGUAGUGCACUACUACCCAUAGGGCGCUGGUCAAAAGUAGUGCACUACUACCCAUAGGGCGCUGGUCAAAAGUAGUGCACUAAGUGCCAUUCCAGAUGCAGCCCAUUUAUCUUUAUUAGAACUGGUCUGGGUUUUGGGUGUUUCCAUUCCCAUCUUACUGUAUGGGGGUGCUUGGUAGAGGUGGAGGGAAUUGAACCAUGGUCUCUUACAGCACUUAGUUACUUAAGUGCGUUGACCAAGCGCAAGCUUCUGUCUUGACGCUAACCCAACGGUGAUAACUGCUAGCCGUUAUCGUUACAGUGAUGCUAACCCAACGGUGCUAGCUGUUAACAUUAGUGAUGCUAACCCAACGGUGCUAACUGCUAGCAGUUAACAUUACAGUGAUGCUAACCCAACGGUGCUAACUGCUAGCCGUUAUCAUUAUAGUGAUGCUAACCCAACGGUGUUAGCUGUUGAGAUUAGUGAUGCUAACCCAACGACGCGAACUGCUAGCAGUUAACAUUACAUUGAUGCUAAGCCAACGGUGCUAGCCGUUAACAUUAGUGAUGCUAACCCAACGGUGCUAUCCGUUAACAUUACAGUGACACAGAGCAGUGUGUAUGAGGUUAUACUGUAUCACUGUUUUUCACUGCUCUCCAUGUACAUUGUCCUACAAGGACAUUUCAGAAAAAGUAGUAUCUACCGAUCUGGAGAAAGAGAUUUGCUCUUUGUAAAGCUGUCCCCAAGUGUCCAGGUGAACUGAACCCAAAUUCACCGUCCUAUAGGACCAUUGAAAAUCCAAUGGUACAUGCAUUUACCUGAUAGAAUUUAUUUUAUUAGCAAAGAAAUGUUUUUAAUCUGCUCUUCAAGUUAUAUUGUUUGUUCUUGUUUCCACCCGUACUAUUCUGUGUGUAUUAGUUGUUUGUCCUUUUUAUGCUCCCAAAUCUUUUAAUGUCAUUUUGUAUAAAUAUAUAUCCUUAUUUUUUUCUUUGCAUAGGAAAUGUUGUCGAAAUGAUGCAUCAUACUUGUGUCUGUUAUUGUUGGUCUUUUAAUAAAAAAUACAUAUCUCAAAGGA